AUGACUUCCAGAUCCACCGUGAGAAGCCAAAGCAGCAGCCGUAAAGUCUUCAGGGCCGGCUCAGCCAGAGUCCCUGGGGUCGGCCGCUCUGGCUUCUGCAGCGUGCCCAUGUCCUGCUCCAGGGGCAGUGGUGGCCUCAUUGGAGUGGGUGGAGGAGCUAGCUUUGGCAGCCGCAGCCUCUAUGGUGUGGGGGGCUCCAAGAGGAUCUCCUUCGGAGGGGGCAGCUGUGCCCUCGGUGGUGGAUACGGCAGCAGAGCUGGAAGCGCUGGUGGUGGCUUUGGGCUCGGUGGUGGAGCUGGUGGUGGCUUUGGGCUCGGUGGUGGAGCUGGCUUUGGUGGUGGCUAUGGGGGCCCUGGCUUCCCCGUAUGCCCCCCUGGAGGCAUCCAAGAGGUCACCAUCAACCAGAGUCUCCUGACUCCCCUCAACCUGAAAAUCGACCCCACCAUCCAGCAAGUCAAGACUCAGGAGCGGGAGCAGAUCAAGACCCUCAACAACAGGUUCGCCUCCUUCAUCGACAAGGUCCGAUUCCUGGAGCAGCAGAACAAGGUCCUGGAAACCAAGUGGGCCCUGCUGCAGGAGCAGGGCACCACGACCGUGAAGCAGAACCUGGAGCCUUUGUUCGAGCAGUACAUCAACAAUCUCAGGAGACAGCUGGACAGCCUUGCCGCGGAGAGAAGCCGCCUGGACUCAGAGUUCAGGGGGAUGCAGGACACAGUAGAGGACUUCAAGAAGAAAUAUGAAGAUGAAAUCAACAAGCGCAUGUCAGCAGAGAAUGAAUUUGUGAACCUGAAGAAGGAUGUAGAUGCUGCUUACAUGAAUAAGGUUGAGCUACAAGCCAAUGCAGAUGCUCUCAUAGAUGAGAUCAACUUCCUCAGAGCCCUCUAUGACGCAGAACUGUCUCAGGUGCAAACCCACAUCUCAGACACUUCUGUCGUCCUCUCCAUGGACAACAACCGCACCCUGGACCUGGACAGCAUCAUCGCUGAAGUCAAAGCCCAAUAUGAGGAGAUCGCUCGGAGGAGCCGGGAGGAGGCUGAGUCCUGGUACAAGUGCAAGUACGAGGAGCUGCAGGUGUCGGCCUGCAGACAUGGGGAUGACCUGUGCAACACCAAGCAGGAGAUCUCUGAGAUCAACCGCAUGAUCCAGAGGCUGAGAUCUGAGAUCGACCAUGUCAAGAAGCAGUGCACCAACCUGCAAUCCGCCAUCGCCGAUGCUGAGCAGCGGGGGGAGAUGGCCCUCAAGGACGCCAAGAACAAACUGGCCGAACUGGAGAACGCCCUGCAGAAGGCCAAGCAGAACAUGGCGCAGCUACUGAAGGACUACCAGGAGCUCAUGAAUGUCAAGCUGGCUCUGGACGUGGAGAUUGCCACCUACAGGAAGCUGCUGGAGGGCGAGGAGUGCAGGCUGUAUGGGGAAGGCGCUGGACAAGUCAACAUCUCCGUGGUACAGUCCACCAGCUCCAGUGGCUAUGGCGGUGCCGGCGGUGCCAGCAGUGGCUUAGCCGUGGGCGGAGGCGGUUGCUACUCCUACGGCAGUGGUCAAAGCGGUGGAGGUGGCUUCAGUUCCGGCAGCGGCAGAGCCAUGGCGGGUGGCCUCUUCUCCUCCGGGGGCAGCAGUUGCACCGUCAAAUACACCACCACCUCCUCCUCCGGCAGGAAGGGCUACAAGCGUUGA